AUUUGAUUGCUGGUUCGAAAGUGGAUUAUGCUUACAUCCAUUAUCCAUUUGAGAAUGUGGAACUAUUUGAAAACAGCUUUCCAGGGGAUUUUGUGGCCGAGGAGGGGCUCGACCAAACUCUCGCGGAUGGUUUUACACUCUCAUGGUUCUGUCAACUGCGUUAUUUGGGAAACCUGCUUUUAAGAAUCUGAUCUGCAAUGGACUUAAUUAUUUUGGCUGAGGAUGGGAAAAAAGAUGAGCAAAAGAUUGAAGAACUAUCCUCCUUGCACAUAAUAUCCGCCAUCGUCACAAGAAAACUCUUGAGACUCCACUCAGGGAGAUGGUGAUUGUUCACCCUGAUACCGAUUUUCUUGAAGACAUUGCGGGAAACGUGAAAGAGUAUGUCCUCAAAGAACUCAACAUUAAGUCCUUGGUCCCUUGCAACGAUGCAUUGAAGUAUGCUUCGCUGCGUGCAAGUGUUUUAAAUGUGUUGGGGAAGAGACUAGGAAGGUCAAUGGAGGGUGUAAAAGAAGCGGUCAAGGCCUUGUCGACUGAAGAUGUCUUAGCCUCUGAGAAAUCAGGAGAAAUGGUUCUUGCUUCGUGUUCUGUAAAGUUCAGUCAGGUUAAGAUUACUCGAGUCUUUAAACGUCCUGAUCACAUGAAUGAGGGAGAAAUGGAUGCAGCCGGAGAUGGUGAUGUUACGGUGAUACUGCGCUUGCGUGGAUGAAUCAAUGUUUGAAGCCGGGUUCACUCCUGAGGUUUUCAACAGGUCCAGAAGAUGCGGAAGAAAGCCGGGCUAAUAACCUACAGAUACUGUCGAAGGUUUUUUUUCGAAUCAUUGGACGUGGAUAAGUCGAUUUCUCAAUGGGUUGUUGAAUAUCAGAAAGCAUACAUCAGGGAAGCUCUUGGCUCCCCUUUGCUGUCGUCAAUGCCGAUUUCACCAGAUGCUGUCAUUCUUUCUGAGACGGUUCAUGGAAUCUCUGACUUGUCUUUUGCCAUUACAG